CUUUACACUACAAUAACACCGCUGUGAUUCCUACAACGAUCACAUUUAAUGAGUGAGAGUUGAGAGGAGGCGACGAGGAGCAGAGUUCUGGAGGUCAGGGAUGUGGUCACAAACCUUCAUCAAUACAGAAGUGAGCGUGAGUUUGAGGACGGCGUGUGGACUCUGAACACGACUCUGUGCGACUGUCUCAUGACCAUGGACGUGAUGCUGUGUACGGCCUCCAUCUUCAACCUUUGCGCCAUCAGCAUCGACAGAUUCAUUGCUGUCUCCAUCCCUCUGAACUACAACCGCAAACACGUGGACCUUCGCCAGUGCGUGCUCCUGUCCGCCACCUGGAUCCUGGCCCUGGCCGUAGCCUCCCCCAUCAUCUUCGGACUCAACGACGUGCCCCAUCGCGACCCAGGCGAGUGCAAACUGGAAAACGACGACUACGUUCUCUACUCCUCCGUUUGCUCCUUCUUCAUUCCCUGCCCCAUCAUGCUUCUUCUUUACUUCGCCAUGUUCCGAGGUCUUCGCCGAUGGGAGGAGGCGAGGAAAGCCAAGCUACGGAACAGUAUUCAAGCGUGUAGGAAGCUCCAGGAGGCGGCAGCUUCUCUGCCCCCGCUAGCAUCACUACCGCCACUCCUGCCCCCGAUCAUCGAGAGGGACCUGGCCGAACCAGGGCCAGAGGAGCCAGGGGACAAAGCGCAGACCCCUUCGGAUUUCCCUGACGGGCGCAUGAGGGCCGUGAGUCUGGCAGAAAUCAAGUUCGACACGGAUCCGAGGAGGAGGAAGAGAGCCAAAAUCAACAACAGGGAGAGGAAGGCCAUGAAGGUGCUGCCUGUGGUAGUGGGUUGCUUCCUGUUUUGCUGGACUCCGUUUUUCGUCCUCCACACCCUGAGAGCCCGCUGUCAGGACUGCCACAUCCCUCCGGUCCUCAUGAGCGUGGUCACGUGGCUGGGUUACGUCAACAGCGCCCUCAACCCCGUCAUCUACACCGUCUUCAACACCGAAUUCAGGAACUACUUCAAAAAGUGUCUGCGAAGAUGCUGUUCCUCCUUCUACACGUGAACUGACCCGAUGUAUGGACUUUGUCAGAGGAAGAGGUUGCAUUCACGUAACAUCACAGCGUUGUAGAUUUCCGAUAGUUUCAAACGGAGCUGGAGGACAGGUUAGAAUUCUGUAGCGGAAUUUGCUGUUUGAAGGGCCUGUAUUACACUGUUUUCUGCUCUAUGUUCUAAUGUAGUUUCUUCAUCACAAACAGAAAUGGAGCUGUGUUUUGUUUCAUUCACAUUUUUAACACACAAACCAUGCACAUUUAGGCUGCAUUCUCUCAAACAGAAAACACUCCAGACAUCUUCACUAGAAUCAUUUGGAUAAUUUCAGCCCUGGAAUUGUCAAUUAGAGGUCCGCACGGGACAGAAUUUUCAGUCCCGCUCCCACGCUGCGCAGUCCUGCUCCUGCUUGUUCCCACAAAGAAUUGUAAUUUUCAGUCCCGCUCCCUCCCGCAUCUGCGAUAUUUUGUCUCGCUCCCGCCUGCAAGUCCCACAGCAUGGGAACCUUUGCUUUCUAAAGCUCUAUCAAACACGGAGAAGCGGAAGGAAUUGGGCUGCGUAUGGGAGGAGGCGCGGUGGGCAGUC